UAUGAGGUAUUUCCCAAAGCUUGGGGUAAACGACGCCGGACGCUUGUUUAUAAAAUUGGGGAAAAGUGGAAAUUCCCCAGCAAGAAAAAGGGAAAAUUAUUCAAGUACAAAAAAGGGGAAAAUGUAGUUCGUUGCACUUUAUAAAAUCAUUUGAAGAGAGAAAGCGUGAAAAAAAUAUGGCAUCAGCUGAAUUAAUAGAAAAGCUGGUUAAAAGCAAUUUUUUAGAAGUUUUACCUGAUGAUGUAAAAGAAAAAUUACAAAAUGCUAGAUUGAAAUAUUUUAAGAUGAAGGAUGAAUUUGAUCUUGUACUGAGUGGUGCUUCUGUUGGACCUGACAAUAAAUAUUUUUCUGAAUAUUACAACAGACCAGGAAAAAAGAGUCGCUUGGAUGAAUUAACUCCCAGACAAAAAUUUACUGUUAUUAAGGCAACUAUAGAACUUAUGGAUGUUUACCCUCUCAAAAUUGUACGUGAUAAUUCUGCUCCAAUACUGUCAAAAAAUCAAAGAAGAAAAGAAAAUCGUAAAAAAGGAAAAAGAUCUAAGAAAAGAAAUAAAAAAUGUGUAAAAGUUGAAGAUGAAAAAGUAGAUGAAAAUUCUAUUUAUCUGAAUGAUGAAGAGGUAAAAUCUGAAAUAGCAAGGGUUAAAGAAGUUAUGGCUGCUGAAAGAGCUGCUGCAAAUGAACGAGAGUCCCUAAUACAAGCAGAAUUGUCCACUAAUGGAGGUAGUGAAGAAGACGCUAUAAGAAGGUUAGCUAUAGAUCAAGAGGAAAGAAAAAAAGAUUUGAUACGACGAGAAAAAACCAAUGAGUUAGUAAGAUGUUAUGAAGAUGUUGAGAAUGCCUUAAUUGAUCUGGUAGAGUCACCCUUUUUUAGUAAUGGGGAGAGUUGUGCUAAUGAAUUUUCAAAUAUUGUUGGAGACCUUGUGCAACCAGGGAAUUAUUCAGAAGAUGCAUGUAAUAAAUUAAGCUCUAUUAUUGAUAUAUUUACUGAAGGUAAGAAGUAUGUAGAUAACGACGAUGAUGAAUUUUAUGAUCCAGAGAGCCGGAGAAAAAGGUGUGAUGAAUUUGGAAUUACAUUACCUUCCACUUCAGACCAAGAGUUGUUUGCCAAGACAUUUAUAGAUCUCAUAAAAAGUUCAGAUCUCGAGAAUGCUAGAAAAAUAUUUGAGAUGGCAAGUAUAGUGGCAAGAGAAUAUGGAGGAAAUUUGCUGAAACAAAAAGUUCUUGAAAUUGGCAUUUAUGAUUUGUUAAAGAUUUUGAAGCAGGGUGUAUUGUCUCAUGAACUCUACAUGACAGAAUUAAUAUUCAAAGUAACUAUGGCAAUGCCUUGCGCAAGAAAAUAUUGCUGGAGAGACCCAGAAUAUUUUCCCACAUUGGCAAAGCUUCUGACUGUGCUAGAUCCUAAUCCACAAUUGGAUAAGUUCCAAAUUCGUGGCGAUGCUGUCCACAUUUUGUACACUUCCAUUUUAGCAGCACCAAGAGAUGUUUUUGAAAAGGUUGCAAAUACUGAUGCCAUAGAGCAUCUUUUUACUAUUCUUAGAGACGGACCUGGUAAUGAGAGAGAUGCACAAACCGGUGAAGAUGUAAUUAUGUGUAUCACAUUGUUCACAGAGCAUUGGGAUCUCUUUCAUGAAAGUAUGCGGAAAAACCAUGUGAUGAAACUUGUGCAAAAUUGGCGGAAAUAUGCCCUUCAGUAUGCAUCAUAUUGUCCCAAUUUUCCAUUGAAUCUUGAGCAAUUAGUUUUACGUCUCAGAGUACUUUUGAAGUCAAAAGCUAUUAAGAAGAUUGAUCCAGAGUUUAGGCUAUCUGCACCAAGUAUAGUUGAACACUCCAGGGAUUUCAUAAAAUCACACAAUCAAACUGCUUGUUCCAAUUCAUCCUGCUACAAGUUAAGCGUUGCUGAAAGCGGUAUUCGAUACAAAAAAUGCUCAAAAUGUCACAUAGCAUACUAUUGCAGUAAAGAAUGUCAGUUAACUCAUUGGAAAGUGCAUAAAGCAUGGUGUAAACGCCCAACUUGGGAUCGAAAGAAGGAGGAUGAAUUUGUUGCCCUGAAUCUAGGCAUACGGAAAUUGGCCAACAAGCUGCCAGAGAUGGUUACCGAGGAUGUUGUUACUCAAGACUCUUUGAAGGACUUAGAUUAAAGUAAUAUAUAUAAAUGUAUUUAUUAAGCAAUAGUGAUUUCAUUGUUGUUUUUAGGAGAAUAAUUGAAGUAUCAGUUUGAGAAUGCUGUUUCAACGAAAAGUACUAACAACUACUAAGCAAUUGGGUAACCCCUUUGUAUUGUACAAUUCACCCUUGCACAAAAAAAAUUUAGAAAAAUAAUAUGGCCACAAACAUGAACAUGUAUUUAUCAUUGAGUGGUCACCAUCUAUUAUAAGUGAUAAAUUUGUGACAAUAUUAUGCUAUCCUCAGUAUUUUAACCAUAUGUUCUAUUACAUGCACAUCGUAUUUAGCCUACAAUCAACGAGACAUAUAAAUCGAAGUUUUUAUAUAUAAUCAUUUUUUAUAUCAGCAUGAUUUAAUUGAUAGCAUAUAGUUUUCUUUCUGCAUUUUUUAAGUAGAAUUCACAUGUAUAAUUCUUAGUUUUUUCUAAUACUGGUAUUUUUCAAAUGUAUUUAUGCCAGUAACAACUUGAAAGUAAUAUUUUCCCCUUUUUAUCAUCAAAUAUAUAUUUAAGUUUAAAUGCAUUUAAAGUCAACGUGGUCCUCUGUUGUAUUUUUUUCCCAGUUAACUUACUUAAAAUAUAUAUAUGUAUAUAUAUGUAUAUAUAUAUAUGUAUAUGUAUAUAUAUGUAUAUGUAUAUAUAUAUGUAUUGCACAGUUUAUAUUUCCUAUAAAUUAUAUAAUAUUGUUCAUGGUUGUAAUUGAAACAUGAAAUAUAUUAACUAAAAGAAGUGCAA